UCCGCUAUGGGGUCUCCUCACCCCAAAAGGGCCUCUCGGGUGGUGGUGGGAGCUGUGCUGGCCGCGGGAGAAGUGGACAGGACACCAAGACAUCCCAGAGUCUGGGAAAUGUGCUUAUUUCAGCAGCCACUUAGCUGUAGUUUGCAGUUUUACCUCUGAAGGCUGAUUACACACCUUUACCUAGUUUCCCAAGGGAACCUCAACAGCCUUGCCAUCGCACAGUCUUUGCAUGCAAAAUCUGAACUGCAUCCACCUUUCUCCAGGAGCACAGGACUCAGUGGUCUUUGAGGAUGUGGCUGUGAACUUCACCCAGGAGGAGUGGGCUUUGCUGGGUCCCUCUCAGAAGAAACUCUACAGAGAUGUGAUGCAAGAAACCUUUGUUAACUUGGCCUCUAUAGGGGAAAACUGGGAGGAGAAGAACACUGAAGACCACAAAAAUCAGGGGAGAAAGCUAAGAAGUCAUAUGGUAGAGGGGCUCUGUGAAAGGAAAGAAGGUAGUCAGUUUGGAGAAACCAUCAGUCAGACUCCAAAUCCUAAACCAAACAAGAAAACUUUUACUAGAGUAAAACCAUAUGAAUGUAGUGUGUGUGGAAAGGACUAUAUGUGUCAUUCGUCUCUUAAUAGGCACAUGAGAUCUCAUACUGAACAUAGAUCAUAUGAGUAUCACAAAUAUGGAGAGAAGUCAUAUGAAUGUAAAGAAUGUGGGAAAAGAUUCAGCUUUCGAAGUUCAUUUCGAAUCCAUGAAAGAACUCACACUGGAGAGAAACCCUAUAAAUGUAAGCAGUGUGGUAAGGCUUUCAGUUGGCCCAGUUCCUUUCAAAUACAUGAAAGAACUCAUACUGGAGAGAAACCUUAUGAAUGUAAAGAAUGUGGGAAGGCCUUCAUUUAUCACACAACCUUUCGAGGACACAUGAGAAUGCACACAGGAGAGAAACCCUAUAAAUGUAAAGAAUGUGGGAAAACGUUCAGUCAUCCCAGCUCUUUUCGAAAUCAUGAAAGAACUCACUCUGGAGAGAAACCCUAUGAAUGUAAACAAUGUGGAAAAGCCUUCAGAUAUUACCAAACUUUUCAAAUACAUGAAAGGACUCACACUGGGGAAAAACCCUAUCAGUGUAAGCAAUGUGGUAAAGCUCUUAGUUGUCCCACAUCCUUUCGAAGUCAUGAAAGGAUUCACACUGGAGAAAAACCCUAUAAAUGUAAAAAAUGUGGCAAAGCCUUCAGUUUUCCUAGUUCCUUUAGAAAACAUGAAAGAAUUCAUACAGGAGAGAAACCCUAUGAUUGUAAGGAAUGUGGGAAAGCAUUCAUUUCUCUUCCAAGCUAUCGAAGACAUAUGAUAAUGCACACUGGAAAUGGACCUUAUAAAUGCAAGGAAUGUGGGAAAGCCUUUGAUUGUCCUAGUUCUUUUCAAAUCCAUGAACGAACUCACACUGGAGAGAAACCCUUUGAAUGUAAACAGUGUGGUAAAGCCUUCAGUUGUUCCAGUUCCUUUCGAAUGCAUGAAAGAACUCACACUGGAGAGAAACCCCAUGAAUGUAAACAGUGUGGUAAAGCCUUCAGUUGUUCCAGUUCUGUUCGAAUACAUGAAAGGACUCACACUGGAGAGAAACCCUAUGAAUGUAAACAGUGUGGAAAAGCCUUCAGUUGUUCCAGUUCCUUUCGAAUGCAUGAAAGAAUUCACACUGGAGAGAAACCCUAUGAAUGUAAACAGUGUGGUAAAGCCUUUAGUUUUUCUAGUUCCUUUCGGAUGCAUGAAAGGACUCACACUGGAGAGAAACCCUAUGAAUGUAAACAGUGUGGUAAAGCCUUCAGUUGUUCCAGUUCCUUUCGAAUGCAUGAAAGGACUCACACUGGAGAGAAACCCUACGAAUGUAAACAGUGUGGUAAGGCAUUUAGUUGUUCCAGUUCCAUUCGAAUACAUGAAAGGACUCACACUGGAGAGAAACCUUAUGAGUGUAAACAAUGUGGUAAGGCCUUCAGUUGUUCUAGUUCUGUUCGAAUGCAUGAAAGGACUCACACUGGAGAGAAACCCUAUGAAUGUAAACAAUGUGAUAAAGCCUUCAGUUGCUCACGUUCCUUUCGAAUCCAUGAACGAACUCACACUGGAGAGAAACCCUAUGCGUGUCAACAAUGUGGUAAAGCCUUCAAGUGUUCGCGUUCCUUUCGAAUACAUGAAAGAGUUCAUAGCGGAGAGUAACCCUAUAUAUGUAAGCAAUAUGGCAAAGUUUUCAGUUGUCCUAUUCCAUUUUUUUUCUUUUUUUUUGAGAUGAAGUCUCACUCUGUCACCCCGGCUGGAGUACAGUAGUGCAAUCUCAGCUCACUGCAACCUCUGUCUCCUGGGUUCAAGUGAUUCUCCUGCCUCAGCUUCCUGAGUAGCUGGGACUACAGGUGUGAACCACCAUGCCCACCUAAUUUUUGUGUUUUUAGUAGAGAUGGGGUUUCACCACGUUAGCCAGGCUGGUCUCGAACUCCUGACCUCCGACGAUCUGCCUGCCUUGGCCUCCCAAAGUGUUGGAUUACAGGUGUGAGCCACCACAUCCAGCCCCCAUUUCCUUUUGAAGACAUGAAAUUAUUCAUAUUUCAGAGAAACCCUAUGACUAUAAGACAUGGGGAUACCUUCAAUUCUUACAUGUGAAUAUGAGGAAGCAUUCAUACUGGACAGGAAGCCCUGCGAAUGUAGGCAAUGUGGGAAAACCGUCAAUGGUCAUGUGACCUUUUAAGGACCAUGAGAAGGCAUAUGAAGUGUAAAGAAUUUUCAUAUGCCCUAUAAAUAUAAAGAAUUAAUAACUUUAAAAAUGUAAAGAAUGUGGAAAACUCUGUAAUUGUAAAGAAUGUGGAAAAACCUUUAUUUGUCUCAGUUUACUUGGAAGCCAUGAACAAACUCACACUGGAAAGCGACUUCUUGAAUAUAGACAUUGUGAGAAAGCCUUCAGUUGGCCCACAUACUUAUAUGUGAGAAUGCAGACUGGAUAGAAAUCCUAUAAAAGUGAGAAAUAACAAUGUUUUCAAUUUUAACAAAUGCUCAUGUGAUACUCCCUUAUGUGUGAAAUUUCAAUCUCGUUGAAACUCCCACUAGGGAGGUGUUGUAUAAAUGUAGAUAAUAUGGGAAAGCCUGAUGCAAAUUAAUUCAUGUAUAUUGUUCUAGAAAAUUCACAACAUGACAGAAGUGUUAUAAAAUAUAUUGUCAGUUACUGAUUCUUAAAGUGGAUCUCUGAAUUACGGAUUUCUAUUUCACAAAAGAACAUUGAGAUGAGAUAAUUCUGUAAGCUCUUAUACAGUUGUACACAAGUUGAAUUGAUAGUAUUUUUUCAUUAAAUCAGUUUCUGAAA